CGGAAGUGAGUGAGGUGAGAGGAGCAAGAUGGCGACUCCCUAUGUUACCGAUGAAUCUGGAAAGUACAUAGCAGCCACUCAACGGCCAGACGGUUCUUGGAGAAAGCAGAGGAAAGUGAAGGAGGGAUAUGUGCCCCAAGAAGAAGUACCAGUGUAUGAAAAUAAAUAUGUCAAGUUCUUUAAGAGCAAACCUUCUCUGCCUCCUGGACUAAGUGAAACUGAUGCCUCCACAGGCAAAACCCAGCAGCCGUCAAAACCAGAUGCUGAUACCACCUUGUCCAAAACAGCCAAGAGGAACAUGAAGCGCAAAGAGAAAAGGAAACAAGAGAAAGGGGAGCGUGAGCAGGUGGAAGACGCACGGCAAGAUCUGGAGAGGGUUAACAUUUCAGAAACCCCUGUGCAAAAGAAUUUGACAUCCGCACAUAAGAAUGGGUCAGCAAGCAGUGACAACCCUGCAGCAGAGAGAGCCAAGAAAAUAAAGAACCUGCGCAAAAAGCUUCGUCAGGUGGAGGAAUUACAACAGAAAAUAGACUCUGGGGAGAUCAAAGAGCCAUCCAAAGAGCAGCUGGAAAAACUGUCCAGAAGGAAAGCUUUAGAAGAAGAGAUAGAGGACCUAGAGCUGGACUUAUAAAUCACUAGUAUGGGGAUGGCCUUCAUGUUCUGGAACAGGGAUAUCCAGCCAUUGAUAAACUACAGUUACCAACAUCUGUGUGGAACAAGUUGUAGUAAAGCAACAGCUUGAGAGCUGCUGGUUGGUUGUUUUUGUCUUAAAACAUGGUAUGCCUUUAACCUAGUUUUUUUUUUGUUUUUUUUUCAUCCUGUUUCAGUGCAGUUUUUUCAAGUUAGCAUUUUUGUGUUGAAGGACCUCCAUUAUGCCUUACUGCCCCCCCAAAUGUAGAUCCUCCCCUCCCUUUUUUUAUGAUCUGAAGUUGCCUUUAUAUGUAUAGUUUCAAACAGAUUUUAGCUCAUUAAUGGAUAAUUCAGUUUUAAAAAAAAA